UUCCCACACCGAGAAGGUCAGCCGACUGAGCAUGCCUGAAUGUUGCUCGGCGGCUCCGGAGCCCCGGCUGCGCGCUCGGCUCAUCCCAUUCACCGCGAAGGAGCUGGCCCGCCGUAUGCUCGCGCGCUCGCUCUGACUGGCUGGCGGCGCCCGGCGAGCGAAAGAGCGAGCGAUUGCGCCAUGCUCUGCAGGACGCAGUGAAGCAGCCGCGGCGAGCGCAGCCCGCUCUUUCCCGCCUCCUCCUCCUCCUGGCAAGCCACCAAGAACAAGACAGGUUUGACCGCAGAUUCCCCAUAAAUGUGAAGCAAAACACCUGGCAUUAUGUUUAGCACUAAAAGAUGGGAGCUGAGGCUGAGAGAUAGUCACUCACCCGAGGCCACUCAGCUAAAGAAGAAGUCACAGUCUAUCGAUAUUUCUGCAUCAAGUUAUGAACCUCUGGCACCUGCUGCUCAACAUGCAAUGCAACCACCUAGGCCGCCGCCUGUCACAAACACAGCUACAUCCGAAGAGGAGCAGAACAACACUGCAAAUACGCAACGGCGCAACCCGCGGAGGGGUGAGCUGAAGAGAUACUACACCAUUGAUACUGGCCAGAAAAAGACCCUAGACAAGAAAGAUGGGAGACGAAUGUCUUUUCAAAAGCCUAAAGGGACUAUAGAGUACACAGUUGAAUCAAGAGAUUCUUUGAAUACUGUUGCCCUAAAGUUUGAUACGACACCCAAUGAACUGGUCCAGUUAAACAAGCUAUUUUCCAGAGCAGUUGUUCCUGGACAGAUUUUAUAUGUUCCUGAUCCAGAAUAUAUUUCCAGUGUGGAAAGUUCUCCUUCGCUUAGUCCUAUAAGUCCUUUAUCACCUACAUCUUCAGAAGCAGAGGCUGAGAAGACAGCUGUAAGUGAUUCAGAUGGGGUGCAUGGAAAAGAAGCCACACCCAUACCAGUUUACACAUGUGUUCGGCCUGCAAGAGUUGUAUCAUCCACAUCAGAGGAAGAAGAAGCUUUCACAGAAAAAUUUCUCAAAAUUAAUUGCAAAUACAUAACCAACAGCAAGGGAACAGUCAACGGUGUGCUGCUAGUAACGCCAAAUAAUAUAAUGUUUGAUCCACAUAAAAUGGAUCCAUUGGUUCAAGAGAAUGGUUGUGAAGACUAUGGCAUCAUGUGUCCAAUGGAAGAAGUAAUGUCAGCUGCUAUGUAUAAAGAUAUUGUAGACGGCAAAGUAAAGGAUUCAUUACCCAUUGAUGUGGAUCAAUUGUCUGUAAAAGAUCUCUACCAUUUCAGGAAAAUCGCAAGAAGCAAUACUGAUGAAAUGGACUCAAGGAUGCGAGAUACAGGGAAUGAUAGUGCCAGCACUGCUCCGAGGAGCACAGAGGAGUCUCUUUCGGAAGAUGUGUUCACUGAAUCGGAACUCUCUCCAAUAAGGGAGGAGCUUGUUUCUUCGGAUGAACUUCGGCAAGACAAAUCUUCUGGAGCCUCAUCAGAAUCUGUCCAAACAGUAAAUCAGACUGCCACAGAACAUGUAACAGCUAUUUCAGACUCUGCUAAUGUACUUGGUAAUGUAAACUCCAGUCUAGAACAUCCUUUGAAUGAUGGCAGCAAGUCUGUUAGGGAUACUGUGGGUUCAGAAUCGGCAGACACAACUCUAAAAGAAGUACAAGAUACUGCAGAGGGAACUGCUGCUGAUGCUCAAGAGGCAGCACAUGGCACCGAUCAGGAAAAUGUACCAGAAGGUGAGGAGUGUUUGCUUUCUGAAGAAAAUGAUUCUAAAAGGGAUGCUACAAAUAAGGGGCAACUUGUGAAAGAGCCAACUCAAGAUUCUGAGACAGAUAUUGAUAUGCUGCGGAAACUUUGGAAGAGCCAUACUAUGCAACAAACUAAACAACAAAGGGACAACAUGCACCAAGAUGCACAUAAGGAAAUGAAGCACAAAGUAGCAAUAGCUGAUGGAACAAUAGAAGGUUCUCUAACAAAGGAGAAGAGAAGACAUCGGUUACACAAGUUCUUAUGUCUCAGAGUUGGCAAGCCAAUGAGAAAAACAUUUGUAUCACAGGCAAGUGCAUCCAUGCAACAGUACGCACAGAGAGAUAAGAAACAUGAGUACUGGUUUGCUGUGCCGCAAGAAAGGACUGAGCAUCUGUAUGCCUUUUUUGUUCAGUGGAGUCCAGAAAUAUAUACAGAUACAGAGGAGAUAAGUAGAGAGCCUGGCUUUAUGGUUGUAAAAAAGUUUGAGUCUGAAGCCAGUGAAGAUUCAAUUAACGAAGCAGCUGCUAAGGAGUGGGAGGUAGUGUCAGUGACUGAGUAUCACCGCAGGAUCGAUGCUUUAAAUAGUGAAGAACUGCGCACACUCUGCAGACGUCUCAAGAUCACUACAAGGGAAGAUACACCGUCAACACAGGGAACGAUAAAGGCGACACUGGAGCCUGAGGCAUUUCGGCCAAAUCUUAAUGAUCCCAGUGAAUUGUUACAACCGGAACAAAUUGAAAAGCUCACAAAACAUCUUCCACCACGAACUAUUGGGUAUCCAUGGACCCUUGUCUACAGUACUGCAAAGCAUGGCAUGAGCUUGAAGACCCUGUACAGAACCAUGAUGGGGCUGGACACACCAGUACUAAUGGUAAUCAAAGACAGUGAUGGACAGAUCUUUGGGGCACUAGCUUCCGAACCCUUUAAAGUGAGUGAUGGUUUUUAUGGCACUGGAGAAACCUUUCUUUUUACUUUUUGUCCAGAUUUUGAGACAUUCACGUGGACUGGGGACAAUAUGUUCUUUCUUAAAGGCGACAUGGAUGCCCUAGCUUUUGGUGGCGGAGGGGGUGAAUUUGCACUUUGGCUCGAUGGCGAUCUCUACCAUGGAAGAAGUCAUUCUUGCAAAACAUUUGGGAAUCGCAUUCUUUCUAAGAAAGAAGAUUUCAUUAUUCAAGACAUUGAAAUUUGGGGCUUUGAAUAAAAUAUAAACUGCUACUACAAAAGGUUGUCCCAAACCUGAAAUGGAUCAGUGCAGCUCAAAAAGCCCUUGAAGCAAUAUAAUGCAGCAAUGCCUUUCAAAAUUCUCUGCAUGGCCAUCUAAAUACCUUUACAUAAAACAUUAUUUAGGUUGAAGGAUGUAGCUCUCAUAAGUCAUAAUUAGAGUUUUUACUUUAUAGGGGAAGGUAGGUCUCUGUUGUCAUGUGGCUUGUCAUCCCUGGGGUUUUUUCCCCCAUCCCCACUACUCCAAAGCUUUCUUAUACUCUUUUGGGCUGUUUCAUUGAGAAAACAUUUAUUUACACAAACUGUAGUGAAACAUGUCCCUAUUGGCCUAAAUAAGAGAGAAAUGGAGAGUCUGAAAUUUUUGACAGUGAUCAGUCUGGGCCAUUUUUUUUUAACCAUUCAGAUGGUGCCACUUACUAGACAAAGUAGUCAUCCACAUUCAACGGUGUCAUUUCCUUUCAUGCGUAGAGAAUUUAUGUCUGUUGUAUUUUACAGUAAAAAUGUAGCUGCCCUCAUUGAUUGUAUUGAAGUAUUUUGCACAAGCUGUUCAUGAUCUGCAGGAUUGGGACAAAUGUUGGGUAACGAUUGAGCUACAUGGUCAAGAGAAACAAAAUACCAAUGCUCAGUUGGACAAAGUGAGCGUAAUGCAGUGGAGAAGUCAUAGCUAUAGCAGGGGCAUUAUAUGUUCUAAGACUAUGAAACAGAUGCAUUUUUUCCCCAAACAGCAUAAAGUGUCAGAUAUAGAUAUAUAUUCUGUUUUAUAGUUUUUCUGUUGUAGCUUUGUAGCACAUCGUCUCCAAGAAUUGCUCCUGUCCAAAAAAAGAGAAAAAAAUAUAGGUGUGGUGUUCUCUCUUUUUUCUUUUGAGUGGAUCUAUGUUGUAAACUGCAGUUAGCACCAGCUCUGAUUCAAUGAGGUAAUGUACUCUAGGUAGACAUUGUAACCCAGUAGACUUGUAAUAUGCAAACUUUACUGUUCCGUGACCUCAAAACGAAAAACAAGACAGGCUAAAAUACAGUUAAUCAGUAGCUCUCGUUCACUUUUGUAGGAGAACUGAAAAGCCAUUGUGGCAAUAAUCGCUCAACAGCAGUUUGUUUCAAAGCUUAUAUUCUAUGUUUAUGCAAAAGCAAAAAUUGAAAAAAAAAGCUGUUAAGUGUGACAGUGAAUGAAUUUGUGCUGAAAUCUCAGCUGUUCCAGAUGAACAUUGUAUAUAUUACUUUGUAAAUUAAUGUUUAAAAGUAGUUUUUGUUAUUUUAGAGAGAGAGAAAGUGUUGAUUGACGGGUUGCUUCUAGCACUUUAAAUUAUUCUAGAAAUGGAAUAAGAAGCCAAAGGGUUUGGCUUAAAUCAUUAGCUGUAGUUGUAUUGUAUGUCGCUAAUAUAAAGUUCUUUCAGAAGUUCAAACACUUAUCGGAAGGAUGUUUACUGCUGUGGUAAAGGGAAAGGGGGCGUUCUAUCUCUACAAUAUGCUCAUGCUUAAUACAACUAAACAUACAGGGCGUCGUUUUCUGUCUCAAUGUAUAGCUCUUUACUCCUGUUAGAACAUAGUACAAUAUAUGUAGAUUAAAUGUUUACAAAUGAAACUGUAAAUAAAUUAAAUGGCUUUUUCUCCC